UUGCACAUGUCGAAGUUCACAAGACUUGCUCAGGCGUAGAACAACCGCUUAUUGCUUUUUUAUGUGUUUUCUUUUUACGUUCUACUAACCCAUAACAGCAACAAUGUCUUGUUCUGUCGCUUCUUCUGAAUACCUUAACGAACUACUGAGCGACAAAACAACAGUAUCGAAAAUGCCCAAGAUAUUUCUUCACGCCGAAAGGUUGCUGGAUCAAGAAAUCAACCGAGUAAGAAAUGAACUUUUCCAUGGAGUGGUAAAAAAUGCAGAAGUAGAUGGAAUGUUCGCAGAGCUGCAGUUACCAACACCAUCAGGGCCAAGAGUUAAAUUGAGUGAAAAGGUUUAUGCACCAGUUAAAGAAUACCCCAAGUUCAAUUUUGUUGGUAGAGUAAUUGGCCCUCGAGGUAUGACAUUACGAGAAGUAGAGUCUACCACUGGAUGCAAACUUUUAGUCAGAGGAAAAGGAUCAAUGAAAGACAAAAAAUUGGAGGAAGAAAAGCGAGGCCAACAAAACUAUGAACAUCUAGAUGAGGAUCUUCAUGUGUUAAUAUCAGUGGAAGACACAGAGGACAGGGCAAAAUUAAGACUUGCAAAGGGUGUUGAAAAAGUGAAAGACCUUCUUCAACCUGUGAAUGAGGGAGAAGAUGAACUUAAAAAGAAACAGUUAAAAGACCUAGCAUUAAUGAAUGGCACUUUGAGGGAACAAGCAGGCAAUGCCACUCUUCUACACAAUGGUCUCCUGGGAAUGCCACUUGCACCUGCAUUAGCUGGAUAUCCAUUUGCAGCUCGACCUCCAGUUCCCAGUGCAUACCCAGCUGGACUUGUUGCACCAUAUGCAACAAGACCAGGAUCUAUUUUCGACUAUGGACUAGAGCCUUCCAUCAUUGGUGCAGUCAAACCACGGAGACCUAUCAGGGAACACCCAUAUCAGAGAUAAGACUGACAAUGGGUAACACUAACUCUGAAGAAGACUGACUAAUUGUCAGGCUAAAUACAAAGCCUGAAGAAACUGAUUUCUUUUGCAUCUUUUACAAGCCCACUCACAACUGUGGACUAAACAUUUAGUUCCUGUUACUAAAAAAAUAUGAGUUUUGUAACAAAUGAUCUUAAUAUAUUUCUGUACGUUUGAAGACAAAUUAUCAACAAUCAGAUUUAAUAAUACUGUAAUAUAUUUUGAAAUCUAUUUUAGGUGUUUUUUUGUUGUUGGUGUGCAUGUGUGUUCUGUUGAGUGGCCCUUUCAGCAAUAUGCUAGGAGUCGGAUUGAUAUCUCUGCAAAAUAGCAAAGUUCAAGAAUAAAAAGCAAUGAGGUAAAAGACUUGGAUAAAGGAAAACUUUGUCUGAAAAAGAAACCAAAUGAAAACCUUAGAUACAUGCAUGAGGAAUAAUAAUCUCCAAAGAAAUUACAACCAACACCGAAUAUAAACAUACACCACUCUACCUGUAAAUAUUGUGUAAUGCCAGUGUAUGUGGUCACUGGAAACAACAAUCUUGGAUGGAAAAAAAGAAGAAUUCUUCCCCCCGAAUCAAUGAUGAAUUCACGUUCAAACAAAAACAUACCAAUUUUCUUCCUUCAUUGAAAUGGGGGCAGGGGUGGCCUUAACGUUUCAUUUCAAUUGUCCAAGAUUAUUUUGAUGAAAUAAUGCAGUGUGUGGUGAAAUCCUGCCUCCAGAAGGCUUGAUAAAAUGGCCUUUUCAUGUGUCCAGAACAACCCUGAAAAACAUGCUGCCUCAUAAAAUGCAGAUUUUCAGGUGAAAAGCAAUGUAUAUAAUCUGCUGGUCAUUUUAGUCAUACCUAAGUUUCAUAUUCUACAAGUUUGUGGUCUCAUUUCAAGAUCAGUUUGUUAAGAAACUAAGCACUUCUAAUAGUAGCACAUAGCAUUACUAAUUAACGUGGAGUUUGGUGUUUUGAUAGUUUAAAAUAUUGGCAGAUCACUUAAGAAAUUUAUAUUUUUGUUAAUUUAGAAAAGAAAGUGGAUCAUGGUUUGUACAGGCCUUGAAGUAAUCUUUCAAAAAUUCUUUGAAAAAGUCUUUUGAAAUGAUUUCGUUUUUCUCUGAAAACUCCUUGAAUUGUUACCGGCAUUUCCAUGUUGAUAAGUCCUUGAAUACUCGAGUAGUACUUUACGUCAAGGAAAGCAACAAAUUGAAGUUGACGAAACAGGAGUUAUGUGAUUAGUAUGUGAAGUACCCAACAGUGUAAGUGAUCUUACGUUCAAUGGAGUCUUGAAUGUUCGGUAUUUAGUGUCCCUGCCCAGGUAAACAAAUGUUACUUGCGAUGCUGAGGGAAGAGUCCUUGAAUAUUACUGAAUAAUCAAUGAUUCAAAACUACUGAUCUUGUUGACAUUUUUAAUGCAAAGAAAACGAAUUUAUUAUUUUGGUGCAAACGACCGUGCUCUUGCUUAGGUGAAUGUUACCCUGAAUAUGCAUUUUUUUUUUACUGACCUUUCUUUUUAGUUCGAUUAUCCCAGCAGAAAAUAUUGAACUACAUAACGUUUGUUUUGGUAAUCUUUUAGAGAAUAAACAGUCGAACCUCUCCACCACGGCCACCUUGGGGACAAGAAAGUGGGCGUUGUAGAGAGGUGGCCAUUAUGGGGAGGCAGGGGUGUAUUAUGACACCUGAAUGUUUUCGGGGGUGCAACAUUUUUAUCUUGAAAAAUGCUUAUUGUAGCAUGUAAAUACGUAACACAAUCAAAAUAUAUGGAUAAACAGUCACCAAACAGAAACAGAGACCAACGACACGCGGUAUGGAUCAAUUUUCGUCAACGUUUACAAUAAAAAUAGGGUUCUGUUUGCACUGUUCGUCAGUCAUUGAUUAACUGGCCGUUUUAUAGAGGUUAUUUUGAAGGGAGGUGGCCGUUUGUGGAGGUUCGACUGAUCGCCCGUUUUGUUUUUCAAAUUUCAAACCCCAAUAAUUAAUAAAUUAGAGAGGAAAUUUCUUUGGGAUAUGAAGCCAUGAAAGUCUUCCCACCUUGCUUAAAAAGCUACAAAUUGAGUUAGAAAGAGUUCGCUGUGCGUAGAAGAUCAUUGGUGUGUUUUUUUUUUUUAAAUGUUGCUGAAAGGGUUACACAGUGUCCUUUAAAAAGUUUAGUGAUUUAAUUUGUAUUCCAUGUUGACCACAGCUCAUGUCCAUUUCCAUACAUCAAGAUAAAAUGAUAUGGUGUUUGGGUGCUGUGCAGUGUGAUAAUAUAUGUGGGACAUCUUUCUUGGAUCAGAGUAACAGAUUUAAUAUAAUAUUUAGGAUAAUAACAUGGUUCAGUCACACCUAGAUCUGUAGGGUUAAAGUAAUGUUAACAGACAUGUGUCAUACUAGGACCCCCUCUAGCAAAUCAGUACACGAUUUUUUCAUUUUUACACAAUUAAAACUAUUAACAUUGAA